AUGACUUAUGAGUGCGUUUUCAAUAGCGAUUCAACAACUGUCGCAGGUCGAUCUAUCGAUUCCACUCUCAUGCUUCACACAUUUCUGCUCAUCUGGCUUGCAGCUCAGACGUUUCAUCCGCUUACAGCUUAUAAUCUUGUUAUAGACACCCAGCGAAAGGGAAUCAACUCAUAUUUUCAAAGUCUUCGCAGAGAUUAUGAGCAAUUGUUAGAAGGCUAUGAAAUACCCACAGUCAGCAAGAAGCGUUUUCUCGGUAAGAUAGAACUUACCGAGAUAACCGUGCAAAAUGUGACUGUGGAAUCGACAUCGGAUAUUUUAGCAGAAACUGAUCAUUACUUGAAGAUCGAACAUCUCCAUGCUCGUCUACACGGUCUCUACAAACACAAUGUGCUAUUCAUUCACAAUACUGGUGACUUUGAAAUCAACAUUCGCGAUCUGAACGCCACACUUGGACCUUUUGUACCGGUGAACAUAAAAGGAAUACCAUAUCUCAAUCAGGAGAUAUUAUGCAGCAUCUCUCAUAAAGAGGACAAAAUGUCAGUGCGCGGUGGAAUAUUACGAUGGUUAGCAAAGAAAAGAUUGAAAUCUACGAUGGAAGAAGAUCUCGAAGGCAUUUUCUGCGACUCACUUGUGGGGAUUCUUGACAAAGAAAUUCGUGGGUCACUAGCUAAAUUCAAUCUGCUAUUACCAGUCAAUGAAGCCAUAACAGUCAGCUACUUGCUAUCUGGACAGCCACUUUUGCUUCCGAACGGUGCAGUUCGCACUUUCCACAAGGGAGUGACCGCUGAUAGCCAUGUUGGAGCAAAUUUUACUCCCACCACGAUAGACUCUGAUCAUGACGUCAUAUACCAAAUACAUGAGAAUUUAUUGUCGGAAAUAGUGCAAGCCGUAUGCCGGCGUGGAUUCAUAGAUGGAAACUUCACCAGUGACGAAAAAGACGUUCUGAUCACUUGUCAAAAGGCAUUUAUCACAGUAAGAAAUAUGGAAACUACAAAAACGGCCAAUAUAUUACUAACUCUCUUACUGCGGUUCCACGAUGGUGAGGAGACAAUUCUUACCAAGAAAUAUUCGGUGACAGUUUUAUACAACAACCAGCUCAAACUUCAGCUUCGACUAAAAUCGGAAAUUAUAGACACGGAUGAUCGUUCAAAACAGUAUAGCGAGCAGAUGUUCUCAAUAUUAUCGGAAGUAUUUCGUUCUCGUAUCAGCUUACCGCUCCCACUACCACUUGGCGCCCAAGCCGAACGCGCAAUGAUUAGCCUUCAACCGGAUCGGAUAAUUUUCGCCACCGAUUUUGUUUUUCCAAAACGAUAA